CUUCCCCCUAAUUUCGCAAGCAUUGAGAAGUAAAUAAAUCGCUUCGCUGCAGCGUACUAGGCCUGCUGUUAAAACUACACCAACAUGUCUGGGGAGGUAACCAUGGAAACCCUCAACAAAUAUGUUGCCCUUGACAACAAAAUCCGCAUACUGGAGAACAAAAAUAUCCGCAAGACGUACAACAGUCUCCAGAAACAAUACGACGAGACACUGGCUACCGUCAAAAAUCUAGAAAACCUCUACGAGCAAUGUAAAAAACAAACAGCAAAAGAGAAAGAUGAUGUGGACAAGCUAGAUAUCAAAUCCUUUCUGAACAAGGAGGCCUUCGACAAGUCAAUGUCCAAAGAACAGGCUGAAUACUUAGAAGCUUUAAACAAAGAGGAAGUAAUGAAGAAAAAGCUGGAUUCUGUAAAGGCCCAGGUAGGAGAGAAAGACAAAGAGAUGAAGAAAGCGAAAGAAUCCAUGGAGGAGUUAGAGAAGUUAGUUCAGGAACAGGAAACCUUAUUGUCUGAAAUUUUUGAUGGUGCAUAUGGUAGUGACCUUGAAAACAAAUUGGAAAGUGACCUUGACCUUGUCAGGGAAAAGAGGCAGAGGAUAGGUAAUGCCAAGUACAAGUGGACCAAUGGUAGGAUCCUACUGCAACACGCCUGUAAUCAGCUGGCCUUUGCCAACAAACGCUGGGGCGACAUACAAAACUCAUCUCUAAACAUGCAAGAGAAAUAUGGCAUUGCCACAGAGGCCCGAAACAACCUAAUCGCAGCUAUACAGAAUCUACAGAGCUGUCAGAAGUACCUUGACAAUAUCGACUUCCCCUACUGUAAACCCAAGGAGGUCACGACCCUGGAGAAGGCCACUAAUAAUAUAUACAUAGACAUGCAGUCCCCAGACAGACACAAACACGCCGGGGAAUGUUAUAAAGUCACACACAAAAGGGCAGCGGCUCUGCUACAGUGGUUUGAUAAUGUCAUUAACACAGUAAUAGAAAAAGAUAUACUGGAGGCCACUAAGGAGGAGUCUGAGGCAAACCGAAAGCUGAGGGCUGAGAGGAUAAAACUACUGAAAGAGAAAGUAGAGGGGGAGGGCGGAAAGGUGGACAUUGAUGACACAGCCAUACAGCUAGCUGACGAUGAUGAUGAAGCAGCAGAUAUUGAAAUCCAAGCUGUUAUCUUCAAAGCUGACAAUGAAGAAGAUAAUUCGUUAAAACCUGGAGGACAAGACGUGGCUCCAGCACCCACCCCCGUCCCCCUGAGUGAGCUGGCACCACCCCCCUCCGGCGAGGAUUUGUUCGGUAACAUUGAACAACUAAAGAAACAACACGAGAAAGAAGUCAGUGAUUUCCAGAAGGCCCAGGAGAUGAAUAAGGCCCGCCUUCAGCAGGGACUGGAGGCCAAGCUAGCGGCCCGACGACACAAACGGUCGAGAACCACCGCCGAAUAGACACUUCACGAUACUCAUCACUGCUCAACAUGUCUAUUUUGAUUGACCCCAUAUGAAUGUGAAUGUUGUAAUAGUCAAAGAAAACCCUUUGUAAACACUCUCUCCUGUUGUUACAUUAAGGUUGUCUGAGAAGGUUAUGUUGGAGUUUUGUGGACUCCGUUUCUGCUUUAAAUCACAUAUUAGUCAAAAGUUACCAUUAUUACCUAACCUACUAUAUACAUGUAAAAUGUAAUUAGGCAUUUUGAGCUGUUUCACGAUUCAUUUUAUGUUUUUGCGUGAUCAUGAAACAGCAAACUGUUGACCGGGCCACAGAAUGAACUGUUGCCUGUUUAAAGCGUCAUCGUGAUAUUCAAGCGUUUUGAUGAUCACUAUAUACGUGCUAUAUCAUUAACUGACUAAAUUGGAAUAAAAACACACAAAUAAUCAAUUUAUUAACUAUUAAUUAAAAUUAUUAAAUAUUAAUUUAAUCUUUACAUUCUGUGUUCAGGUAAUUAAUAGACUGGUAUGUGGAUAAACAGUUGUUAAAACUCUUUAUUGAUUGUUUGUUUGUGUUUAUUCCAGUUUAGUUAAUUAUAU